UCUUCUGAAUUUAUUUGGAUUUCUGUAUUUUACUUAUGAUUACGCGAUACAAUAUCUUACUUACGAAACUACUUCAAUGCAGAUAAUAGAAAGACCAUUCACCAUAGAUCGGCCAGCAAUAACUCUAUGCGAUGCAAAUCGGCGAAGUAGGAGACAUGUUUGCACAGAACAGCCGCAUAAGUGUGUUUUUCUCAAUUCCGAAGAAGAGUUAUGUAGCAAGCAUGACAAAUAUUGCAACUUAGAUGACAUAUACUUAGGCGUUUUUAAAGAUAAUCCUGUAUGCGACGAUAGUUGUUAUGAUUGGCAAAGAACAAUUACUGAAUUUGAAGAUUUUAUAACUCAUCUAAACGAUAAUAAUAUCUUGCACUUAUUCAGGGAUAAAAGAACAUACAAGCUUCACCUGGUACCAUUUACCGACAAUGAUGGAGAAUCUGCAAUUUGUUUAUCCUAUGGACUGAAAUCUGAUGUCGAAGUUGUUACAAAAUUCUUCAAUAGAGCAGUUGUUCGCAGAGAUUUAAAUAAGGAUAAUUGGCAAAAUGAGACUAAAGUUGUAACUACGAAAGAUAUUGUUUUCGUCUUACAUAUAAAGCUGGAUGAAUACCUUGAUCCUUUGGCCAAGCCGGCCAUUUAUCUUACAAUACACGAUUCUAGAAAGCUUGUGAAUCCUUUUAGGCAUGGUUUAAGGCUUGGAUUUCCGGGAUAUCAUCUUCUUCAAAUAACUGAAUAUAUCGAGCAACAUCUCUUACCCGACCCUUAUGAUACAAAUUGCUCAGUGUUGAAUAAAGGAACUUCAGAUGAAUUUUUUGAUAUCAUGGAUUGCAUAGAGAGUUGCAACUUUAAUCUUCAUAUGGAGCAGUAUGGAUGUGCACCUCGUUCAAUAAGCAUAAGUCAUAUGGCGAAAUUGUGCAAGAAAUCUGAAAGACUCUUAGAACGAAAUCGAAAUAUUUGCUUGAGAAAGUGCAGCAAUAAUCCAUGCGUGUCUCGAUCGUUCAAAUACAAGCACUUAGAGAAUAUAAAUGAUGAAGACUCUUUUGUUGAUUAUCAUGAAAGAAAAUUUUUGUACCCUGGAUUAUAUAAUGUUACUCGAUUCGUAUAUAUAGCAGUAUCAUUCAAGCGUGCAAAGGCCAGAAUUAUCACCUUUGUUCCAAAAAUGGAGCCUAUCGACUUGUUUAGCAACAUUGGUGGAUUCUUGGGAAUUUGGAUUGGUUCCUCUAUCAUAUCCGUGUCCGAUUUCUUAUAUAAACUGUCUGAAUAUGUCUACAUUUACACUAUAAAGCUUGUUAAAAGAUUGAAAGCAAGAAUUGAGCAGCCAUAACAGCAUGCAAAACUGAUCAGAUGAAUUAUUUUUACCAUUUUUGAUUGACUAUGUUCAAACAAUCAAAUAGUUUCGAUAAUAACAGUAUUUCUUGCCACUAUUAAGCAUUAUUAAGUAGUUUAAGCUUAUUUUUACUAGCAUAACAAAUGUCUUAUGCUUUAAGAAAUUUUUUUUUUAAAUGCCUUUCCAUAAUAGCAUUUUUUUUGCCUUCAAGGAAAUAUUUUUUAUUUGAA